AUGACCAGGUCUCGCUCGCGUCACCGAAGGUCUCGCAGUCGCAGCAGAGAUCGCGAUCGUGGCCAGCGUCGAGACCGAGACCGAGACAAAGACCGGACACGGGACAGAACUAAAGACAAAGAGACGGACAAAGCCAAAGACAAACAAAGGGAAACAGGGAACAUCAAAGCUGGAUUGGAACAUCUGACUCCUGCAGAACAGGCCAAAGCUCGACUCCAGCUGGUGCUUCAGGCUGCAGCUAAAACCGACGAAGCACUGAAAGCAAAGGAGAAUAUGAAAGAAGCCAAGACAAAGGAGGAAGAGCAAAUGUCUCUCGCCGAGCAGGUGAGGAGGAUAAAGGAUAUCGAGGCCAUUGAGAGCGACUCCUUUGUUCCUCAGGCUUUCAAAUCAUCUCGGGAUGGCACCAAGGUGACUGACCUUUCAGAGAUCAAGAAAGAGGCAGAGGCUAUAAAAGAGGAAGUUGCCCUUCUGCCCACAUCCAUCAUGUACAAUGACAGCAACGCCCUGGCUCACCCUAACCUCUUCAUGGAUAAAGAGGAGGCAGAGAGCGUGUGGCUGAACAGACUGAUCUCUCUGCGUCAGGAGAGGCUCAUGGGGAGUCCAGUGUCCUGAGCAGAUCCGGCUUCAUCAGACCUGUGGACUCGCUGGAGUGCUCUGGGAUUCCAGGAGCUAGUGCGCCACCUGCUGCUUUCUGUGGGAAAUAUCAUUCAGAAUUACUUUUCAGCAUGCUUACUCUGAUUCUUUGAGUGUUUAUUUUACUUCAUACUAACUGAUAAUGGUAAUAUUAAGCUUUUAGAAGUGAUUUACAUAAAACUUGUCCUUGUUUAGGUUUGAGCAGACAUCCUUCUCAUCAACACGAACGGCAGUUAGUGUGUUUAGUGUGUAUUGGGGCUUUGUUGUUGCUGUUGUUCUUUUUUUCUCCUUUUUCAAAAUAAAUGAUUGUUGUAAAUCUUGGAU